GGAGAAGCCCCAGGGCACUGCCGCCACUUUCCCCGGAGCCCGUCCGGCCCGACCCGACAGGGCAGGGUGGGGGCGGUCGGGUAUAUAUAUUUGGACCCCCAGCACUUUGCUGUCACACGGCCGGGGCUCCCGCGCUGCAGAAAGUUUAGGGCAACCCCUGCCGCUGGUUGGGCAGAACCAGGACUGCGCCGCCCCCGGCCAGGAUAUGGAGCUGCUGUCGCCGCCGCUACGCGACGUAGACUUGACGGGGCCCGACGGCUCUCUCUGCAACUUUGCCACAACGGACGACUUCUACGAUGACCCGUGUUUCGACUCCCCGGACCUGCGCUUCUUCGAGGACCUGGACCCGCGCCUGGUACACGUGGGCGCACUUCUGAAGCCGGAGGAACACCCGCACUUCCCUGCGGCCGUGCUCCCCGCCCCGGGCGCGCGCGAGGACGAACAUGUGCGCGCGCCCAGCGGCCACCACCAGGCGGGCCGCUGUCUGCUCUGGGCUUGCAAGGCGUGCAAGCGCAAGACCACGAACGCCGACCGCCGCAAGGCUGCCACCAUGCGCGAGCGGCGCCGCCUGAGCAAAGUCAACGAGGCCUUCGAGACGCUCAAGCGCUGCACGUCCAGCAACCCUAACCAGAGGCUGCCCAAGGUGGAGAUCCUGCGCAACGCCAUCCGCUACAUCGAGGGCCUGCAGGCGCUGCUACGCGACCAGGACGCCGCGGCCCCUGGCGCCGCCGCCGCCUUCUACGCCCCCGGCCCGCUGCCCUCCGGCCGCGGCGGCGAGCACUACAGCGGCGACUCGGACGCGUCCAGCCCGCGCUCCAACUGCUCCGACGGCAUGAUGGACUACAGCGGCCCCCCGAGCGGUGCCCGGCGGCGGAACUGCUACGACGGCACCUACUUCAGCGAGGCGCCCAGCGAAGCCAGGCCCGGGAAGAACGCCGCAUGCCCCGUGGGCGCGAACCCCAACCCCAUCUACCAGGUGCUCUGA